GUCGGGCUACAUGGGAAACGGAACUUUUCAGGCACCACAUGCUCCGGAAAGAAUUAGCGGACCCGGACGCCCUCUGCUAAGAGGCCUGGGCCACAAAUAGUGUUCAAAAAGUCAGCUUUCAUGGGAGCCAGGCCAUUGUACAAUUGGCCAAGACGCACUAUUACAUUACAAAAUCAGAGGCAGGCCACUAGUUUUGCAACCUCUUCAAACAGAACCCCACCUAUAUCCUGGCCCAGGGAAAGGGAUUGAUUGACUGUAGUCCAAGUAGGCAUUGCAAUGACAAAACGAGCUAAUCAGCUCCUCUCUAGACGAAAUCCGAAGACAUUUCAUCUACACAAUGGCAGACGCAGAGAAGGUUUACCGACCUCACCCCAGAGACCUACCGACCUAUGAUCAAGCCACCUCAGAGGAGCUUCGCAGGAUCACCCAGAACACUAACUGGAACUAUUCUCUCUUUGACUGCUGUUCGCCAGGCACAUUAUGCUUGACCAGCUGCUGCCUCCCAUGCCUUGCCUUCGGCAAAACGCAAUCACGACUUCGUGACCCCACACUGCAGAGCUACGACUCGAUCAACGGUGAUUGUGUGAUCUGGUCCUUCCUCAGCCUUGGUCUUUCACAGUGGAUCUAUCAGACUAUCAGAAGAGGCGAACUGCGCAACAAGUAUGGAAUUGAGGGAUCCUGCUGCGGCGAUUGCUGUGUGAGCAUGUGCUGUGGCUGCUGCGCACUCAUUCAAGAAGAAAAGGAGGCUGAAAUACGUACCAGGCCUCAGGUUACAGGGUACCAAAUGGAGCCUCAGAUGGCGUAUCCUCAUUAAGCCGGCCGUGGUUACG